AUGCCCAAGUUCGGCAUAUUUUUUCUCUACGCCUUAGUUGCGUGCAAUCUAUACGGAUUAGUUAAGUCCCAACCACAGGAUACUGGUUCCGAUAGAGAACACCAACCUAUUCAAGGUAGUAUUGAAUAUCUCCAGAAGCAAUUGAAGCUUCAAAUUACGACACAGAACACAACACUAGCGAUUCUGGACUCUAUGCAAAAAAAUACCCAGGAAAAACUAGAUGUAAUUCAAAGGGAAAUGACUAAGAAUUUGGAUCUUCUCUCCAAGCUGGAGAGUAACCCAAAAGGAUUUAAGAAGAUAGGAUCCAGAUACUUUUAUAUUGAAGAAGAAAUUAAAAAGAAUUGGAUUGAUGCGCAAUCCGAUUGCCGAGAAAAAGGAGGCUACUUGGCAGCCAUCCAAGAUCCAGAGGAAUUUAAUGCUUUAAUAUCGAAACUCAGCAAAGACAAUCGUUACUGGCUGGGCAUUAACGAUAGACACCACGAGGGAAUAUAUAUUUCUGAUGCCUCUGGGGGUCAAGCUCCUUUUCUGAAGUGGUAUCCUGGAGAUCCCGACAACAGGGAAAACUCUGAGCACUGCGUGGGAGUGGCCUACGGCAGCGGUAUGGCUGAUUGGCCAUGUGGAUUUGCUUUUAAUUUCAUUUGUAGUUUGGACAGUACUGUAUAA